AUGGAAUCUAUGAAAUAUGUGCGCGUGGGCAAAUCCGGCCUCAAAGUCUCCCAAAUCAUCCUCGGCUGCAUGAGCUUCGGCGACAAGAACUGGCAGCCCUGGCUUCUCGACAAGGACGAGGCCCUCCCCAUUCUCAAAUACUCCUUUGACCGCGGUAUCAACACCUGGGACGUGGCCGACACGUACUCCAAUGGCCGCUCCGAGGAAAUCGUUGGCGCCGCCAUCAAGGAGUACAACAUCCCGCGCUCCAAGCUCGUCGUCAUGUCCAAAUGCUUCCAGUUCGUCGACGAGAACAAGGGACCCAUCGACCCGGCCAACUUGACCAGCAACGAGGGGCCCCGCGUGAACCAGGUCGGCCUAUCCAGAAAGCACAUCUUCGAGGCCGUGGAACGUAGUGUUGAGCGUCUCGGCACCUACAUUGACGUGCUCCAGAUCCACAGGAUGGAUCGCGACGUGCCCCCCGAGGAGAUUAUGAAGGCCCUUCACGAUGUUAUUGAGAGUGGCAAGGUCCGCUACAUUGGCGCCAGCUCAAUGGCCGCCUGGGAAUUCCAAAUGCUCCAAAACGUAGCAGCCCGCAACGGCUGGCACCAAUUCAUUUCAAUGCAAGGCCUCUACAACCUCCUCUACCGCGAAGAAGAGCGCGAGAUGAACGCCUACUGCAACGCCACCGGCGUCGGCCUCUUCCCCUGGUCACCCCUCGCCGCCGGCGUCCUCACGCACGCGUGGACCGACCGUUCGGACCCGCGCGAGCAAAAGGACCCCUUUUUGCAGAUGCUGUUCCGCGGCGCGGAGAACGGCGCCGACAGGGCCAUUGUUGGGCGCGUCGAGGAGCUGGCGGGGAAGAAGGGCGUGAGUAUGGCGCAGGUUGCCCAGGCGUGGCUUAUUUCAAAGGGGUGCAUGCCCAUUUGCGGUUUGGAGACCAGGGAGAGGAUUGAUCAGGCCGUGGGCGCUUCAAAGGUUAAGCUGUCUGAGGAGGAGGUCGACUAUCUCGAGGAGGUGUACGUUCCGAAGUUGCCCAUGCCUUUCUAG